AUGGGACUCCAGGUUUAUCUUCUGCUUCUCCUCCCAGGGCUGGCAGGGGCCAUCCUGGACAUCACCCUGAUUGCGAACGUGCAGAGCCUGUCCCACUCCGACUUCUUCCUCUCCUGCAUCAUGGGGGACCGUGACGUGAGCUACCUGCAGAUCGAGCGGGAGAACAAGAUCGUCAUGACGCACCCCAAGAUGGGCUUCCAAAACUACCGCAAUCGCAGCAACCACGUCCAGGCCAGGGGCUUCUCCAUGGCUGACCUGGUGGGGAUCCUCUACUGCCUGGGGCGCACCCCAACCGAGCAGGCCCAGGUGGUCUACGUGCACAACAGCCACAACGCCCACCUCUUCCCGGUGAAGGCCACACAGUCGGUGAACGUUGCCGAGCCAGCCACCUUCUCUGCCAGGGUCCUCAAGAGGAAGGAGACAGACGUUAUGUGGAAAAGAAAUGGCACCUACUACCAGACAACGGACCGGGGCGAGGUGCGGGGGGACCUCGUCACUCUGACACUCCCCAAUGUCAGCGUGAGCGAAAACGGCGUCUACAGUGCCACAUUUAUGGGCGACAGCCCUCUGUGGAGCGCCUUCUACCGCCUGAUCGUGAGAGCCUGCCCUGCGAAGAAAUGGGGACCGUCCUGCCAGAAGGACUGUCCCGACUGUCUGAAUGGUGGCAUCUGCCACGACCACGUUGGUGAAUGUGUCUGUCCUCCUGGGUUCAUGGGCACCCGCUGUGAGCGAGCCUGCCGGGAAGGACAGUUUGGCCGCAACUGCCAGGAGACGUGCCAGAGAGCCCAGGGCUGCAGGGGGCUGAGCUUCUGCCUGCCGGACCCCUACGGCUGCUCCUGCGCCUCGGGCUGGACUGGCUCCCGCUGCAACCAAGCUUGUCCCCCAGGAUACUAUGGUGCUGACUGUGCCCUGGGGUGUGCCUGCCAAAAUGGAGGCAGCUGUAACCGCUUCAGUGGCUGCAUCUGCCCUGCCGGCUGGCACGGGCAGCACUGCGAAAAGUCAGACCGAUUCCCCCAGAUCAUUCAACUGGCCUCAGAGCUGGAGUUCAACCUGGGCUCGGAGCCCGUCGUCAGCUGCGUGGCCACUGGCAACCCACUGCCUGCCAGCGACAGUGUGGAGCUGCGGAAGGCUGACGGAACUGUGCUCAAGCUCAUCAAAGCCAUCAUCGAGCCGGGGCAGAUCACCUGUGAGUUUCAGGUGCGGCACCUGACGAAGGCAGACACGGGGCUCUGGGAGUGCCGGGUCUCCACAACCGGGGGCCAGGACAGCCGGAAAGUCAAGGUCAACAUCCGAGAGCCGCCAGCACCGCUUACUCCUCCCCGGCUGCUAGCCAAGCAGAGCCGCCAGCUUGUGGUGUCACCCGUGGACUGCUUCUCUGGCGAUGGACCCAUUGUCUCUGUCAAGCUGCUCUAUAAGCCCAAGGAUGAUGCCUCAGCAUGGUCAUCCAUUGUGGUCGACAACAGUGAGAACAUCACCCUCAUGAACCUCCGUCCGGUGACUGCCUACGUCGUCAAGGUGCAGCUGAGCCGGCCAGGGGACGGUGGGGAGGGCAGCAAGGGGCCCGAGGCCAUCAUGGUGACCGAGUGCCUUGAGCCCACAGUCAAGCCUGUGAUCGAAGGCUGGUCCAUAGAGGACAAAAACACACUUCAUGUCAACUGGAAACUGCCAAGUAACCACGAGCCAGCACAUGGGUUCAUAGUCCACCUCUUCGACUCUGCAAAGCGGCUGGUCUGUGAGAAAAACAUCACGUCCAUCUCUGUGCUCUCUGCCCGCAUUGGGGACCUGGAGUUCAACAAGGAGUAUGGGCUGGAGGUACUGGUCUACCACUGCACCAGCCUGGGGCCCCCCUCCGACCUCUACAAGGUCGUGAUCAACAGCAAAGGGCCCUCUUCCCCACGGUCGCUCUUGGCAGAGUCCGUGUCUGACACCGCCGUCAGGCUCUCCUGGCAGGUCCCCGAGUACCCCAACGGGGGCAUCACCAAGUACAUCGUGGAGCUGCAGCAGGUGGGAGGCACCAGCGAGCCCCAGUGGAUCGACACCGACAGUGGCGCUGAGACCACCAAGAUCAUCGGGGGCCUCAAUGCCAGCACCAGCUACCAGUUUCGCGUUCGGGCCAACUCCCACGUCCCAGGGGAGUGGAGCCAGCCCGUGAAAGCCAAGACCCUGGGGGACG